ACGAAGUGCCAAAAAUUCAGUUCUUAUAUUAUGUUAUUCUGUUCCUAGAUAUAUGUUUAAAGUAUUGGUAUUUCACUGUAGCAAUAAACAAUCUGCUCAAGAAGCUCUCUCGAGCUGAUAAGAAACUUGUUACUUAAGAGUACUUGGAGUGAUAGUGUUGCCGCCUGAACAAAUUUUUUCCUACCAAACCAAUUAAUAAAUACCUUAUUAAAUUUUUUUUUUAUCCCACCUUGAAUUGAUAUGAAGAACAUAUUCAGAUUUCGAUUUCAGUUACAUUUGUACAAGAGAAUAUAAGAAUAAUAUAAUGUUUCGGAGCCCACAAAUAUUUGAGGUCUACCCACUCUUAUUAAUAGAACCAAAGAGCAAUUGACUUUGUUUCAAAUGGAUUAAAGUGGCAGCCCUACUUACUAUAUUAAUGUGCUAUUAUCAUAAAUAAAUUUGUGUACGUUAUAAAGCAGUGAUAAUAAAGAAAAAUCUAAAUUCUACUCCUGAUUUCUCUCAGCUUUUAAGUAUGUGAUUUGGCGAGCUCCGAUGCAAAAUGCGAAAUAACGCUCGACGGUAAAGUAUUAGCGGAGUAUAAUGCAAUAUGUGAGAAUUAUCAAUCACUGACGCGUUCACAAUCACCGGCAUGUGCAAUGAUAAGCACAACUAAUAUAAGAGCGUCUUUAUAAAAGGGGCAUACAAAUAUCGCCUGUAUUUCAAUCCUGUAUAAAGCUUUGCGCGCCAAACAUAUGUGGACAUUCGGCAAGUUUAUAUUGAAGACACCAUAACAAAAUUCAAUUGUAUUAAAGUUAAAAAUGUGUGGCAUAUUUGCGAUAUUUUCAAAAAAUGGCGAACCCAUAUCACCACGAAUCUUUCAUGGUAGUAUGCAUACUUUGCGAGAAAUUGGUUAUCGUCAAAGUGGUAAACAAAGGCACCGAGGUCCAGAUGACACGGGCGUAAAAGUGCUGCCGGAUCAUGGGGUAGUUUUGAUACACGAGCGUCUAUCGGUUGUUGGCGUAAAAUCAGGGCAUCAGCCCUUGGUUUCGGAAAGCGGUGAUGUGUUGUUGGUGGCGAACGGUGAAAUUUACAACUACCUUGAACUGUCUGCGGAAAUUGCAAAGAAGCGUAUUCAUUACAAACCUAAAAGUGAUUGCAAUGUCAUUGUUGAGCUUUAUGAAGAGUAUGGCGAAGAACUGUUGGAGUAUAUCACUGGUAUGUUUGCCUUUGUGCUCUAUGACAAACGCACGAAGAAUAUUUUGAUUGCUCGUGACCCUUUUGGGAUAAUACCGUUAUAUAUUGGUGAGGAUUCAGAUGGCAAUGUGUGGGUUGCUUCAGAAAUGAAGUGUCUCGUUGAUUUUUGUCCGAACUUGGAGCUUUUUAAGCCAGGCGAACUGCGAGUAGGACAGGCCAAUAACUUACAGCUUAAGAAAUAUUUCAAAGAGGAGUGGAUUGAACAUAUACCAACCCAAGAGGUAGAUUUGACAAUUCUGCGCUCCAAAUUAGAAUCAGCUGUACGUUCCCAUCUGCAAUGUGAUGUCCCCUUUGGUGCGCUGCUCUCAGGCGGUGUCGAUUCUAGUCUAAUAGCUUCGAUUGCGACAAAAUUGCGCCGUGAAAGUGAUCCUACAUACCGAUUAAAAACGUUUUCAGUGGGUCUACGAAAUGCACCUGAUUUCAAAGCAGCAAAACUAGUUUCUAACUAUAUAAACAGUGAUCACACCGAAAUAGUAUUCGAAAUAGACGAUGCUUUAGAUGGCAUACGUGAUAUUAUCUACCACUUGGAAACAUACGAUGUAACAACGGUACGUUGUAGUCUACCAAUGUUGUUAUUGGCUCGUUAUAUUAAAAGCACUGGUAUUAAGAUGAUUUUGUCUGGCGAAGGUGCCGAUGAAAUAUUUGGUGGUUACUUAUACUUUUUCAAAGCGCCAAGUCCAGUUGAGUUUCAUAAAGAAUUAGUAAAGCGAGUCGAACUAAUUAAUGUAUCCGAUUGCCUGCGCGCCAAUAAAGUCACAAUGGCCAAAGGUCUAGAGUUGCGUGUGCCUUUCCUCGACACAGCCUUUGUGAACUAUGUGAUGUCGGUCAGACCGGAGGACAAAAUACCUGGUAAUCUUAACUGCUUAGACAACCAACAAAAAUAUCGUAUUGAAAAGCAUAUUCUACGCGCUGCCUUUGCCAAUAAUUACCUACCUGACGAAGUACUGUGGCGACAAAAGGAACAAUUUUCCGACGGUGUCGGCUAUGACUGGAUUGAUAGCAUACGUCGCGUGGCGACCUCACAUAUAACUGAUGAACAGUUUGCUACAGCUGCCGUACGUUUCCCUAUUAACACACCAACUACUAAAGAAGCCUAUUAUUAUCGUACAAUUUUCGAAGAACUAUUCCCUGGUACAGCAGCAGCGCAGACAGUGACACGUUGGGUGCCACGUUUGGAUUGGGGAUGUCCUGAAGACCCAUCUGGUCGUGCUCAAGCUGUUCAUCAAGUGCAUCAGUGAGUGUGAAUGAAGAGGCUUGAAGACUGAUUGUUAUCUGCAGACGUCUCGACGACUGCGAAACUUUUUUAUUUCUUUGAAGUAUUGAAUGAAUAGAUAAGAUAUAAAUUGAAUGUUUACAUCAAAAAAAUACGUACAUAUUUAUGUAUGUCAUGCCUCAUUAUCUAUCUAUGUAUGUAUGUAAGAUUUGUUUGAACUUAUGCCUAAGUACAUACUAAGUAAUUUUUGGCUAUAUAUAAAGAGUAUUAAUACAUAAUAAAAGGCAAAUAAAAUAAAAA